GGUUAGACACAUGGAUUUUUGUUUAAACUCCGAAUUUAGUAUGUUUUCCUGUGAAACACAAACAAGGCAACGAAGGCAAAAAGAAAAGUAAAAAACACGAAGAACCUCUCUCACUCAUCACCGUCGUCCGCCGUCGCCGGAUCUGCAUUGUGAAGAAAUGAGUAAGAAGAAGAAUCCUUGUGUGUUUUUGGAUUUAUCGGUGGAUGGAAGUCCGGUUGAAAGACUAGUAAUCGAGCUUUUUGCGGAUGUUGUGCCUAAAACGGCGGAGAAUUUUCGAGCACUUUGCACAGGGGAAAAGGGAAUUGGAAGCACUACUGGAAAACCACUGCACUACAAAGGAGUAGUAUUCCAUCGUAUUAUUGAAGGGUUCAUGGCUCAAGGAGGUGAUUUUUCAAAACAAAACGGCACCGGUGGAGAAAGCAUUUAUGGAGGAAAGUUUGCAGAUGAGAAUUUUAAACUGGAUCAUAGUGGGCCCGGUAUGCUAUCUAUGGCAAAUAGCGGCCCAAAUACAAACGGAUCUCAGUUCUUUAUAAUCUUCAAACGGCAACCACAUCUUGAUGGGAAACAUGUUGUCUUUGGGAAGGUAAUAAAAGGGAUGGAAACUGUUAAAAAGAUCGAGCAGUUGGGAACACGGGACGGAAAACCUUCUGGGCUGGUAAAAAUUUCAGACUGCGGUGAAAUUUCUGAAGAUAAAAAGAACAAUGUGAUGGAGUCUGGUAAAGGUAAAAAGAAAAAAGCUGGGAAGAAAGCUAUAUCUUCUGAUGAGAGUUCCGAUGAGCGAGUAAAAAAACGGCGGGGAUCAUCUGUCAACGAUAAAAGGAAGAAACGUAGGAAGUACUCGUCAUCUGAAUCAUCCAGCUCUGAUUCAGAGUCAGAUUCUUCAGACAGUGAUUCCUUCUCAGAGUCUGAUUCAGACUCUUCAAGCUCUCGUGAUGGGAGACGUCGUAGGAAGAGGUCAAAAAAGAGAAAUGGCAAACAGAAUAAGAACAAGCGUAGAGGUUUGACUGCCAGAAGGUCAAAACGGAAGUCAAAACGGAGUUCAGAGAGUUCAAGUGAAUCAGAAAGUGGGAGUUCCAGCAAUAGCAGCAGCUCUGAUGAUCGGAAAGCAAAUCGUCGCCGUGUUGUGAAGGCUAAACCUAAACCUCCAAGUAGUUCAGUCAGGAAAGAAGAACCUGAAGCAAAGAUGCAGAAGGAUAAGGACUCAAAGAAAUACGAGCCGUCUGAUGAAAAACGAGAGGCUACGUUAAAGGAAGACAAGCUUGUUACCAAUGGCAAUGAUAAGGAAGCUAAAUCCGAAAAGCCUUCUAACAAUCCACACCAGCAUUCAGAUGAUUCGAGCAAAUCCAGGAGUGACCGAAGUCCUAUACGGAGCCGAUCUAAAAGAAGUGCAAGUCCAAUUUCAAAUAGGGUUACAAGGAGCCCAAGUGUUCCGAAAGAUGCUAAAUCCCCGCCGAAAAAUAGUGAUCAUGUAAAGAGAAGAAGUGUAUCGAGAAGCCGAUCUCCAAAUGGGACUCCGAAACGAAUUAGAAAAGGGCGUGGUUUCACUAAGGAAUAUUCUUUUGCGCGAAGAUACCGUACACCUAGCCCUGAGCGGUCACCACGUAGGUCGAAUCAGUUUGGUUAUGCUCGGGGAAGGUAUCAUGAUAGAUAUCCAAAUUAUAGAAGAUAUUCUGAUCGCUCUCCGCCACCACGGAACAGAAGUCCGCCAAGAGGCAGGAGCCCCGCCAGGUACAGGCAAAGGAGUCGUAGCCGGAGCAUUACCCGCAACAGAAAUGGGCCUCGGGGCCGAAGUCCUACACGCAGCCCAAGCCCAGUUGAAAGACGUCAAAAUAUUAGUGACAAAUUGAAAUCUCGUCUUGGUCCGAGGAUGACCUCACCCAGACGGUCAAGGUCCAGGUCCCGGUCAAGGUCCAGGUCAAAGUCAAGUUCACCUGGUGGUCAAAGGGGUCUGGUUUCUUAUGGAGAUAUUAGUCCUUGAAACUUCUAUGGUUUUUAACCAUGUUGUCUACAUCUGUCUUUAGUUGUUGACUGUUUCUGUUUAGACUUUUUGUUUGUGAUGAUUUUUGCUGGAUCUAUAGCUUAAAACUAGGAGAAUCGUGUUUUUACCUUGUGAUUUUGUAACCGUACGCAUUCUCUUUUUUCUAAUUAUGCUUUUAUGUACUUUAAAAGUCAA